CAGUGCAGACAGAGCUGGAGCCUACUUAGCUCUGACAGAGUAGAGUACUGAGGGGUGUAGCAAGAUGGCAAUGGUGGACGCGGAGGCUCCCUUCCUUACGGAAGACGCGGUCGAUGAGCCACCGCUUGCCGGCGUCUCCGACUUCCGUGGCCGCCCCGUCUACAGCAGCACCUCCGGCGGGUGGCGCUCCGCCCUCUUCGUCGCCGUGAUGGAGGUCGCCAGCGCUUUCGCCUACUACGGCGUGUCGGCGAACCUGAUCACCUACAUGACGGGGCCACUGGGCCACUCCAACGCCGCCGCCGCUGCCGCCGUGAAUGUCUGGUCGGGAACGGCCACCCUGAUGCCGCUGCUGGGCGCCUUCGUCGCCGACUCGUGGCUGGGGCGCUACCGAUCCAUCAUCCUCGCCGGCACUCUCUACGUCCUGGGGUAUGCCAUGAUCACUCUAGCAUCUGUGCUCACGGCACAACAUCCAUCGUUGUCGGGCGACACCUCUUCCCAUCCUUUGUCGCUGCGGGUGGUGUUCUUCUACACCUCCCUGUACCUCAUCGCCAUCGCGCAGGGCGCAGACAAUCCAAAUGCAUUGGCCUUUGCCGCUGACCAGUUCGAUUCCAACCACCCCAGGGAAUGCGCCGCCCGCAGCUCCUUGUUCAACUGGUGGUACUUCUCACUGGCUGUAGGUAUCACUAUUUCUGUUGGUGUAGUCGGCUACAUACAGGAGAACCUUGGCUGGGGAAUUGGGUUUGGCAUGCUCUGCGCCAUCAUGCUCGGUGCCUUAGUUGUCUUCUUCCUUGGCACCCCUACAUACCGCCUCUAUGCACCCACUCCCGGUGCUGAGAACCCCUUUGCCCUCCUUGCUCGUAGCCUUGCCGCGCUAGCCCAACAUGACAAUGCCACUUCGAGCUCAUUGCUUGGUUACAAAAAAGAAUACCAGGUAGAACAAAAAGAGGAUGCGGUAAAAAAGGAGGAGGCGCGUGGCGUGGUACGGUUGCUGUCAAUCUGGGCGGCGUGCCUGGCAUAUGGUGUGGUGUUUGCGCAGUUCAUGACACUCUUUAACAAGCAGGCCCGCACCCUGGACCGCCGCAUCUUUGGCAGUCUGGAGUUACCGCCGGCGGCGCUUCAGAUGUUAGGGCCUGCAACAACUCUGUUGUUCGUCCCCAUAUAUGAUUGUGUGCUGGUGCCGAUGCUGAGGCGCGCGACAGGCACCCCGUCGGGUCUGACGCUACUACAACGUGUUGGCACGGGCAUGACAUUGACCCUGGCUACGAUGUUGGUGGCGGCAUUGGUGGAAACACGACGCCUUGAGACAGCACGCGAGCAUGAGCUGGUGGACAAUGCUGACGCAACAGUGCCAAUGUGCUGGGCAUGGUUGGUGCCACAAUAUGUUUUGAUCGGGGUGGCAGGCGUGUUCGCGGAAGUCGGGAUGCAGGAAUUCUUCUACGACCAGAUGCCCAGUGAGCUACGCAGCUUGGGCAUGGCACUCUACUAUAGCGUGAUCGGCAUGGGCAACUUCAUCAGUGGCGCUCUCAUCUCCCUGAUCGACCGCAUCACCAGCAGCGGUGGUGGCGACAGCUGGUUCGCGGACAAUCUCAACCGUGCUCACCUCGACUACUUCUACUGGCUGCUUGCCGGCCUCAGCGCCACUGAGCUGGCGCUCUUCCUCCGGUGCGCAAGCACCUACGUCUACAGCUACAAGAGGCUCCGCUGAAGCAAGGACCUACCAUGUACUACAAAAUGCAGAGCUCCUGCCAUUCCCUUACAAAAAUGUUGUUGUAUACUGAAAUUUGGGACGAUAAAUUAUGAAUGCGUGUCUACAAAUCCA